AAAACAUUCUAGCCCCAGUAGCAGUGACAGAAGCUCUCGAAUCAAGUCAGGAUCCAGAUACAAGGUGGUGUUACUCAGCUGGAGCGAGGGGGACAUUUAUUAGCUCAGUAACACAAGUCCUGGCUCCUGAGAUUAACCUCUGAUGCCAUUCAUGCCAACACCCAAUCACGAGCAAGAUCAAAAGUUCGGAGAUGCCUACAAAUUGGCAACAAGUGUGGACACUCUACGUCAGGGGCUCUCAGACUGUGGCAGAGAGGAAGAACAGCUUUAGAGAGGAUGCCCAGCUGGUAAGAAUCGACUGUUUAUGAUGCUCUAGUCACUUGAGGGCUCUCAUUGGCUGAAAGGAAGAAACGCCCCGCCUCUUUGCAAAUCUGAGUGAAAGGGGGAAGUGUCUAAACUUCUAUGUCUGAUGGCAUUUGACCCGAUUGCUUUCAGCCUCCUGGCUCCAUACCUAGAUAUCCUCAGGUGUAUGUGUGUAUUUUAUAGAAUUGCUCCCCAUCUGUUGGUACCAAAGAGAGUUGAAGGAAAUGAAUUUUGAAACUCCACGGUGUGCCACCCUACAGUACUGCCCCGACCCUUACAUCCAGCGUUUCGUAGAAACCCCAGCUCAUUUCUCUUGGAAAGAAAGUUAUUACCGAUCCGCCAUGUCACAGAGCACCCAGACAAGUGAGUUCCUCAGCCCAGAAGUUUUCCAGCAUAUCUGGGAUUUUCUGGAACAGCCUAUAUGUUCGGUACAGCCCAUCGACUUGAACUUUGUGGAUGAACCGUCAGAAAAUGGUGCAACCAACAAGAUUGAGAUCAGCAUGGAUUGUAUUCGCAUGCAGGACUCAGACCUCAGUGACCCCAUGUGGCCACAGUACACGAACCUGGGGCUCCUGAACAGCAUGGACCAGCAGAUUCAGAACGGCUCCUCGUCCACCAGCCCCUACAACACAGACCAUGCGCAGAACAGCGUGACGGCGCCCUCGCCCUAUGCACAGCCCAGCUCUACCUUUGAUGCCCUCUCUCCGUCCCCUGCCAUCCCUUCCAACACAGACUACCCAGGCCCACACAGCUUCGAUGUGUCCUUCCAGCAAUCAAGCACGGCCAAGUCUGCCACCUGGACGUAUUCCACGGAACUGAAGAAGCUGUACUGCCAAAUCGCAAAGACGUGCCCCAUCCAGAUCAAGGUGAUGACCCCGCCCCCACAGGGUGCUGUCAUUCGCGCCAUGCCUGUCUACAAGAAAGCCGAGCAUGUCACUGAGGUCGUGAAGCGGUGCCCGAACCAUGAGCUGAGCCGCGAGUUCAAUGAGGGACAGAUUGCCCCUCCUAGUCAUUUGAUUCGAGUAGAAGGGAACAGCCACGCCCAGUACGUAGAAGAUCCUAUCACAGGAAGGCAGAGUGUGCUGGUCCCUUACGAGCCACCCCAGGUUGGCACUGAAUUCACAACAGUCCUGUACAAUUUCAUGUGCAACAGCAGCUGUGUCGGAGGAAUGAACCGCCGUCCGAUUUUAAUCAUUGUUACUUUGGAAACCAGAGAUGGGCAAGUCCUGGGCCGACGGUGCUUUGAGGCCCGGAUCUGUGCUUGCCCUGGAAGAGACAGGAAGGCCGACGAAGACAGCAUCCGAAAGCAGCAGGUGUCGGACAGCGCAAAGAACGGUGAUGCUUUUCGUCAGAAUACGCAUGGCAUCCAGAUGACUUCCAUCAAGAAACGAAGAUCCCCAGAUGAUGAACUGCUAUACUUACCAGUGAGAGGUCGUGAGACUUAUGAAAUGUUGCUGAAGAUCAAGGAGUCCCUGGAGCUCAUGCAGUACCUUCCUCAGCACACGAUCGAAACUUACAGGCAGCAGCAGCAGCAGCAGCACCAGCACUUACUUCAGAAACAGACCUCGAUGCAGUCUCAGUCUUCAUAUGGUAACAGCUCCCCACCUCUGAACAAAAUGAACAGCAUGAACAAGCUGCCUUCCGUGAGCCAGCUUAUCAACCCACAGCAGCGCAACGCCCUCACCCCUACCACCAUGCCGGAGGGCAUGGGAGCCAACAUUCCUAUGAUGGGCACUCACAUGCCAAUGGCUGGAGACAUGAAUGGACUCAGCCCCACCCAAACCCUCCCUCCCCCACUCUCCAUGCCAUCCACCUCCCACUGCACCCCCCCACCUCCGUACCCCACAGAUUGCAGCAUUGUCAGUUUCUUAGCAAGGUUGGGCUGUUCAUCAUGUCUGGACUAUUUCACGACCCAGGGGCUGACCACCAUCUAUCAGAUUGAGCAUUACUCCAUGGAUGAUUUGGCAAGUCUGAAGAUCCCUGAGCAGUUCCGACACGCCAUCUGGAAGGGCAUCCUGGACCACAGGCAGCUGCACGACUUCUCCUCACCCCCGCAUCUCCUGAGGACCCCAAGCGGUGCCUCUACAGUCAGCGUGGGAUCCAGUGAGACCCGUGGUGAACGCGUGAUUGAUGCCGUGCGCUUUACCCUCCGCCAGACCAUCUCUUUCCCACCCCGCGACGAGUGGAAUGACUUCAACUUUGACAUGGAUUCCCGUCGCAACAAACAGCAGCGCAUCAAAGAGGAAGGGGAAUGAGCGGCCAUUGCUGGGCUCUUCGUGUCUUCUUCCACCUCCCAGCCCCAACAGGGCACAUCUGCUUGAUCUUCAAAGCAUUCUUGCUAGCUCUUUUGAUUUUCCUUCUCAGUCUGGUUUCUAAAGGGACGGAGAAGUAAGAGGCAGCCUGUUGCCUAAAGUCUGACCUGUUACUUGAUUCUGAUUCUGGCUUUAAGCCUUCCAAACUCUUGCUUGUAGGAUGCGUUGUCAUUGCUAGAUAGAAGUUAGCAAAGAAGCAGCGGGUCUCUUUAAGCAGUGGAGAACUCUCAUUGACUUUUAUAAAGCAUUUUCAGCCUUAUAGUCUAAGACUAUAUAUAUAUAAAUAUAAAUAUAUAAAUAUACAAUAUAUAUUUUGGGUGGGGGCAUUGAGUAUUGUUUAAAUGUAAUUUAAUGGAAAUUGAGUUGCACUUAUCAACUUCUUGGAAAUUUGUUUGUUUUGGAUGACUGGUCUGUACCCCCUUUCUCAGGGGUAUCAUGUAUGGUGACAAAUAUCUAGAGUUGAGUGGUCUAUGUGAGUAACAGUGAUGUACAGGUCCUCUUGGUUCUUUGGAUGUUUAGUGUUUAGCAUUUAGCACAUCAAACCUAUGGAUGCAUCCAGCAUGUUUACCAUUGCUCACUAUGAGGUAAAGCUGUAUAUAUGUACACAGUUUGCUCUGUCAGUAUAUUUUAUGUUACUGGUGUCCAUCCCAGUUAGGCUGAUUCACUCUGUGGCUAUUACAAGCAAAAUUUCAUGUUCACUUUGUCACAUGUUAUAGGAAAGGACAACCUCUCCUGCUUUUGUUUGAGAAGGAGGAAUGCAGUUUAUUCUGGAAAUUCUUAAAUGGUCCAAGUCAGCCAUUCCAAAUAUCAGAUGGGAUAUAGCCAAAUAUAGCAAUGGCCCCUUGAAAUUUAAGGCCCAACACUCUAGUAUUUAUUAGGAAAAUAUUUGCUGCCAUUAGAGGAGCCUUAAAACUAAAUUUCCCUACUAGGCUGAUCAAGUAAAAUACACAUUCCCUGAUUUUGUAAGAAUUUAGGCCAAUUAGUCAGAAUGAGUGGAAAUUAAGUACUUUUUAUGGGAAGUUGUAGUAUCUAUUAGGAAUAUUCAAGCUAAACAAGCAUGACUCAAAAAUACUGACUCUCCACUAAAAAAGAAAGCUGUCCCAUCAAACUAUGAAUUUAAAUUCCUUUUGAAGCAUGGAGUGAUGCUUAGGAAAUACACCUUUUAAAGACUUUCCUAUCCAUAAGACACUGCAUGCAGAGACUAGUUUACCUCUCUUCAAAGCCUAAAAUAAGAGUAGUGGGUUGGAAAAUCCAAACUUAGGCAUGCAGUUUUCAUGUGCCUUGAGCUGCACUACUAUCCUUUUCUUCUAGACUAUCAAAGCUCCAUUGCUUUGGAAAGCAGGUUUGAAGAUCCAGUUUUCCACCCAGCUCCUUCCAGGUUAUGUGUAGACAUAGAAAUGUCCACAAAUCAAGGAAAAUGCUUUUCACUAAAACUGUUUAAGGCACAUCAACAAAGACUUGUUUUCCACUUUGUGAAAGUAUGCAACAGUCAGUCUUCCUCCUGGAUGCUUUGGAAACAUUUUGAGACAAAUCUGUUUCUUCCUGAUCUAAAACUUGUGCUAUGUAUAUGAUAAUGAGCUCUACAAUCCUCCCAUCUAUUUUGGUAAAGGGCUGCCACUCAUUGCGCAUGAGAACUCAUUUUUAUUUUAAAGUGCAAAUGGGCAAUUAUGCCUCUGAAAUGUAAUGUAUGGAUUUCACGAGAAAAUCUUAUAUUGUAUAUGUGCGUGUGUGAAAUUGCGUACUGUGCUGUUUUUGCUUGUUUUGGUUUUCUCUUUGGGAUAGUUGGGUUUUCCAGAACCACAGCUGAAACUUUUUUGUUGUUACUGUUUUUCUUUUUUUUUUUGCAAAAGAAUACCAUUUAGUGAGAAUACAGUGUCAAAUAAGACAUGAUACCUUAAUUGUAAGAUGGGGGGAAGGGGAAAGUUGUUUUUUAAUUUUUUUUUAAAUUUUUGUAUGCUAAAGAGAAUGAGUCCUUAAUUUCAACCUUUUGUUGUGUUUAAAUAAUGAUAAACAUUAUUAAUUUCUGUAACAAGCUCACGGCUUUGCAAAUUCAAUAGGUGGAGAAUGAAGUUAUGUCUUGGCCAGGUCAGGAAGACAAAUGGCUUCCUGGGUAUUGUGAGCAUUUGGGCUGUUUUAGCACUGUUAGGGUGGCACUGGGGACUCUGAGGCAUUUCAGCACUAUUUAGGUGGCACUAGGAACUCUAAAAUUUCUGUACUGUAUCCGAUGAUUUUGGCAUUAGCCAUUAGCCAUAGGUAGGCACAGUUCCUCUCCUCACACCAGUGUUAAGGUGUGUGAGCACCCAAGGCUACGGUCAAAGGCAUGGGGAACAGAUGUCUGCUCAAUGACUCACUGGAGAAUGGGAUUCCUUUGCUUGGGGAUGAAGGGAAGAGGAGAGAAAGUGGGGUGCUCUUUCUUCAUCCAUUUAGCUUUUGUUUGCUUGAUUUCCCCCAAAUAUAUGUGUGGGAUGUUGAAUAUGAAAAAUAUGUGGGUUUUUUAUUUUUAUAAUUGUACAAAAGUAAGCAAAUGUCAAAUGUUUUAUAUACUUUAUUAAUGUUUUUUUCAAAAUGUACUUUCUUAUAGACGUGAUACUUUUUUUUACACCUUCAGUUGCUUGUCUGUUGGUAUUUUGUGUUCCGGGCUAUGGUGAGCCUGAGGCAAAUCUAUAAGCCACUUUUGUUUGCCAGGACAUGC